GUGUUUUCGACAUGGAGAGCACGAAACAACUACGCGCUAGUCGACUUCCUGGGGAACCUUCGGCUGAGCCGACACCACCCUCAAAGGAGACUGUGGUUGAACAGCGCGUCGCCGACCAAACUUACAUGCGCUCUGCCUUGCAUAAUGCCUCGGAGAAACCUCACCAUGACUCUACGCAGACAAGAGUGAUUCAACAAAGAAAACGGAGUUUCUUCCAGCAUAUACUUUUCUUGGUCGUGUUGCUUCUCUUCUGUCUACUCAUCAACUAUGCUCUCACUUGGAUCUUCUGGUUCACUCUCGGUAAUUCAUCUGACUGGCAAAGUACGCAUCGUUACGACAUGAUGCCUCCUUCACCUGGGUCAAACCCGCGUCCAGACGGGUACUUGGCGGGAUAUAGUGAACCGCAGGAGUACGAGGAGCUUGAGGGUGACCUCUGUCCUCAGACCGGUGCUAUCCAGCCUGUUCAGCACCGGAGUGUCGCGCUGGCUCUAGAUGGCGUUCUUCUCAAGGACGAGCAUAGGAUGUGGGCUUACUUGAAUCUUAUGGGUGCCAUCAGAAUCCCAACGGAGACGUUUGUCGAUCUUGGGACUCGAGAAGAACCUAGAUGGUACGGCCUCCUCGAAUUGCGCCGGUACAUACAAGAAAGGUUCCCUCUAAUCAAUACGACACUCAAAAACACGACACUGAACAAAUCCGCUCUGAUGUAUGAGUGGGCAGGUUCCGAUACGUCACUGAAGCCCAUUGUUCUUACGGUUCACCGAGAUACUGUCCCUGUGGACCGCGAAACACUAGCAGAUUGGAUAUAUCCACCGUUUUCUGGACAUUUUGACGGAGAGUGGAUAUGGGGACACGGAGCUAUAGGCUUCAAAUCCAACCUGAUUGCUAAAUUAACAGCAAUAGAAUUGCUCUUGCAGCAGGGGUUCACGCCGGAGCGAACAGUCAUCCUCGCCUUUCAUAUGGAUGAAGAAGGAGGCAAAAUUAUGGACGGGCCCGCCAUUCGUGACUAUCUAUUAGGUCAAUAUGGAGCGGAUGGGAUCGCUAUGUUAGUCGAUAAAGGCACACAGUUCGACCAAAAAAGAGACCUUCUGAUUGCUAAAGUUGGUGUAUCCGAAAUAGGGUGCAUGAACGUUCUCCAUGGUCCGUGGAAACUAUUGGCGGGCACGAUAGCUGCAACUUUGAAGACAACCUUGAGUGGAGCAUAUGAAGAGAAGAAGGUUGUGAUCCGGCCAGAAUUGGUUUUAGAUACCAGCUACUAUUGGAAUGUAACCCGCUACAUUCACCGCUAUAACCAUGUACCGGAAGUCGGAGCUACGCAAGGCGAGCAUGGUCUCAAUGAAGCGAUACGCGCAGACGCAUACCUUGAGAUGAUACGGUUCGUUGCCCGUCUAGUCUUGAAUGUAGACGAGACGGAGCUCUUGAAGGAAGUAGAUGCGAGGUAG